AUGUUGCAUGUAGACAAACCGGACAGUCUUCAGGCUGAAAAGAUUCAUAUAACGGCUAGUGGAUUGGAAGAAUGGAGAUGUUAUACUUUUAUCCUAAGAUUACAUUAUGACCGUGGGACAUACGCUUCGUUUUGUGUCAUUCAAGCUGAUUCUUUGGGAAACAUAGACUUUGCAAGAGAUGCUCCGAUUCGAGGAAUGUAUCAUGAUGUUGACCCAAUGGGUUUGUUCCUAUCAAUUGAACCAACGCAAAAAGUACGACAUGGGCACUUUUUCAAGACAUACGAUCCAAAUACUUUCUAUUAUACGCUACAACUUUUGAAUGAUUCAGAAGAAAUAUUGGAUGAAAUUCAUUUGAAGAAACACUGGAAACAUCCUCUUGUUCAACAAAUAAAUGUAGCUGAAAGUGGUUUAUAUGGGACCCUUUUCAAACCACCUGGAGAUGGACCAUUCCCGACUGUUGUCUUUAUUCCUGGUUCAAAUGGAAUGUUAGAAAGUGGAUACGCAGCUGUUCUAGCUUCUGAAGGAUUUGCGACCUUUACAUUUGUGUAUUAUGCAUAUAAGAAAGAUUUGCCAAGAUCUAUUCCAGAAGUUGACAUUGAAUUUUUCGCAAAACCAAUUGAAUACGUCCAGAGCUUGCCGUACUGUUCUAAGAAAAUAGGACUGGUUGGACAAUCAUUUGGAGGACUUACAGCUAAUUUUCUAUCCACCAAAUAUCAUCAAGUGUCUGCAGUUGUCGCUUUGAACUGUUCAGCUGCAUAUUGUAGAGACAUUGCUGUGAUGAGAGAAAAUGGGAAACCAAUGGAAGUUCAGUUAUUGGAUGAAGGAAUGUCAGAUUUCAUAAAUGGAGUACUCCGACAGAAACCUGCAUUUAAUGAUCUUUAUAGCAAACUGACACCGACGACAAGCAUUCCGUGGUGGAGGGCAUCAAAAGAUACGGUAUAUCGAAUUGUGCAAUGUUAUGAUGACAUGUUAGUGGAUGGAGUACCUUCCAGGGAUAACAUUUGCAAGAAUCUGAAAGAAACUGGACAUUCUGUGGAGUCCGAACUGGUGCCCGGUGGUCAUUUUCUCUACUUCCCCUAUUUUCCACAUCACGGGAUCAUCUACAAUGCUCAAAUCAAUUUGAUGUGGGGAUUCGGAGGGGAGUGUUAUCAACAUUCAAAGUCUCAGGAGACGACAUGGGCGAAGAAUGUGGAGUUCUUCAGAAAACAUCUGGGAAGAGGAACAAAGAUUCCCGAUUGGAAUAGGGAAACCAGAGUCAGUCUUCCCAAUUCUGAAUCAAUUGCACAAACAAAUAGGCAGCUGGUCCUCCGUUCUCCCAAUCAUAUGGAGCACUUUCGUUCGAUCCAACAGCACCGUAGGCCUGACGCAUCAUCUGAAACAAAAUCGAAAUUAGAUUUAAAAAAGUAUUAA